UACCCCCUUAAGCUAUAAGAAAAAGACCAAAAAGGGAAACAAAUGAGAAAAGGGGAAAAGGAAAAUCAGUUCCAAAAAUCCAAAUAGUGAAUAAUCUUUGAAGAAGUUCAAGAGAAAGAAAGAACUACCUUUCAUGGAAUUACACGUACUCCGAAUUUCCUCUGCAUUUCCUUUCACUUCCAUAACCAAACACAGCCGAAUUCUCUCCAAAUCCCACUGCCCUAUUUCUCUCAAUUUUUCUGAUAUUCCCCAAUUUUCACUCAAAGUGGAUUCCCAAAAGAGAAACGACGCAAUUUUUGACGACGCAGCAUACGAGGCGGAGCGUCACAGACUCGACGCCGAGGCGCGUAAAGCCAUGGCUGAAACUUAUGAAAGAGAGACCCAAGACCAAGAAGACCCGAAAGCUUGGAAAUGGGUUAUCCGAAAACGGAUUUGGGACUUAAUGGAAGCCCAAAAUAUAGCCCAAUUCCCAAGGCCCGUUCAUCAUCGGAUACCCAAUUUUCUUGGAGCUUCAGUUGCUGCGAAUAAGUUGAGUGAAUUGGAGGAGUUUAAAGGGGCCAAGUGUGUGAAGGUAAAUCCAGAUACACCACAAAAGCAAGUCAGGUUUCUCACACUUGAUGGUGGGCUUUCAUGAACUUAUCUUCUUUUUUUAAUGUUUGAAGUUUCUUUACUUUUUUUCUAAUGAGAUGAUGGUUGAAUAUUUAUCUUUUGAUUCGUGAAUAUUUUGCAAUAAAUGAAGAAUGAAAAAGAAAAAAUUAGCAUAGCAAGACUUUUGCAUUGUUCUGUUUUACGACAGAUAAUGUAGAGUUAUGAGCACUGGUUUUGGAUAAAUGCAGUUUGAAUUGAAGAUUAUGAUAGAAGUUAGUCAACGUAGUGUUUAAACAAAUUAUUUUAUAAGGUCACGGAUUCAAGACACGGAAACAGCCUCUUGCAGAAAUGCAAGGUAAGGCUGCGUACCUUCCCGGCCCAUGCGCAUAGCCGGAUCUUAAUACACCGGGCUGCCCCUUUUUAAUUAAAAAGCUCUUUCUCAGAAUAUGAGUAAUCAAAUUCAGUAUGUUUGAUCUAGUUAAAUUUUUUAGACAAUAUUCUCAGGACACAAAUAGACCCUUCUCCAGCUUUGUCCAAAAUAUAGGCGAAAUAGAACUAUAGAAGAUCGUGAAAUGAAAUGCAGACCUUUUUUCUUGAGAUA